AACAAACAAGAUUGCCUUCUUAAACUCCAACAAACAACAGCAUCAAACCUCUCUCUCUCUCUCUCUAAUAAUUAAUAAACGAAGUUUAUUCUUUAUUUCUUCUUCUUCUUCUUCUUCUUCCUGUUCUUCUUCAAUGGAAAACCAAAACGAGAUUAGGGAAAGAAAGAAGGUGGUGGAUGGGGCUUUGCCAGGGUUCUCUCCUGUCUCUUCUCCUCGGAUUUUUUGGAAAUCUCGAAAGAGAUCAGCUAGCGGGAGGAAUUUAGACAAGCUAACGGAAGACAAUGCUUAUGAAACACCCAACAAACAGGAAGAACCUAUGAGUACUGAAGAGAAGGUGCAGGAAUCUGCUGCAAUUUCUGAGCUCUCUGAGCGUCGAAAGGCCCUGUUUGAACCAUUAGAUCCUAUAAUGGAUAUAAAUGGCCGGCGACCAUCAGCUGAAUCUCUACUCCCACCACCCGACUUUGACUCCACGAGCUAUCCCCGAGGCUGGCUGAUUGGGAAGAAGAGAAAACUAGUCAAUGUGGAUGUUGUUGAGAGCAUGCGGAAGAUUGCUAUCCAAGAAAUGAACAGGAAGGACCGGGAGAUCGAUGGCCUAAAUCAGCAAUUGGAAGAGGAUGCUCAAUGCCUAGAACACCUGCAACUCCAGCUUCUACAAGAAAGAAGCAAACGUACGGAGAUCGAGAGAGAAAACACAAUGCUGCAAGAGCAGAUAUCCAUGUUGAUGAACGUGAUACAGGACGAGUCGAUGGGGGAUGAAGGCCCAGAUGAACCAUAGUGGUCGUUUGCUUGUUUCAUUGUUUGUUUAUUUAUUCUUUGGUAGGGUUGUCCGGAAAGAGUUCAAUGCAUUCAUACCCAAAAAAAAAAAAAAAAGGCUUAUAAAUAAAAACAUAGGUUGUUGGAAGUUCUAGUACAUUGGAUAGUUAAUUAUAUAUUGUUGGUGGUGCUAGACUGCUAGUACGUACAUUGGAUAUUAUUUAUUUUUGUUUCUAGAAGUUCCAAUCUCAUAUAUAUUACAAGUAUACAUUCGAGUGGUUA